AUGUCUCCCCACAGAAAUGGAAACCUCUCAGUGCUGUCUUUACAAGCAUUUGUGCUGGAGGGAUUUGCUGGUGGUCUGCAGACCCAGGCCCUGCUCUUUGCUCUGUUCCUGGCCCUGUAUGUGGUGGCCGUCCUGGGGAACCUCACCAUGAUCAUGGUCAUCACCCUGGAUGCCCGGCUGCACUCCCCAAUGUACUUCUUCCUCAAGAACCUCUCCUUCCUGGACUUGUGCUACUCAUCUGUCAUUAUCCCCAAAGCCCUGGCCAACUUCCUGUCCUCCUCCAAGGUCAUCACCUUUGAGGAAUGUGCUACCCAAUUCUUCUUCUUCUCCCUGAUGGGCACCACUGAGGCUUUCCUCUUGGCCGUAAUGGCCUAUGACCACUUCAUGGCUGUCUGCAGCCCCCUGCACUAUCCCAUCACCAUGUGCCCCUCUGCAUGUGCACGCCUGGUGCUUGGCUCCUACUGUGCAGGCUGCUUCAACUCCAUUUUGCAGACCAGCUUCACAUUCAGCCUCCCGUUCUGCAGCUCCAACCACAUUGACCACUUCUUCUGUGAUGUGAUCCCCCUGCUCCAGAUCACUUGUACCAACACAGCCAAAAACAAGCUGGUCAUGUUUGGCCUCUGUGGCCUCAUCAUUGUGGGCACCACACUCGUGGUCCUCAUCUCCUAUGGCUACAUCACAGUGACCAUCCUGAAGACGAAGUCAGGAGCAGGGAGACACCGGCUCUUCUCCACCUGUGGCUCCCACAUGACAGCCGUGUUCCUCUUUUAUGGGACUGUCUUUGUCAUGUAUGCCCAGCCAGGAGCUGUGGAGUCCAUGGAGCAGGGCAAGGUGGUCUCUGUCUUCUACACCCUGGUCAUCCCGAUGCUCAACCCCCUCAUAUACAGUCUGAGAAACAAGGACGUGAAGGAUGCCCUGCGGAGACUGGGCCAGAAGCUCAAAGCCACGUGA